UGCAAGUACCGUGUCCAUUUAGUUCAGUCAUAGUUACGAAUUAUUGAAUGGAUGUAUUAUACAUGAAAUAAGGCAAACGACCGUGCAUGAUGUGGAAAAAUGCAAAUAUGUGACAGAGACUGAAUGGCACAUAGUCUACCGCAAUGGGCAAAUUGUUUUGAAAGAUUAUAGGCCUAUUUACGUUUUAAUUUUAGUGUAGGCAGAAAUGAAGAUUAACGACCGUGUGUUGCGAAGCUUUAGAGUUGCAAGGAUCUACCGGGAACAUUCAGAAAAAGUCAACUGUGUGGAUUACAGCCCAAAUGGCGAAAGUGCAGUAUCCAGCAGUGAUGAUGAUUCCAUUGUGUUGUAUGACUGUCGCGAGGGAAUACCUACUCGGACUCUUUACAGCAAGAAGUAUGGAGUGGACCUCAUUUGCUAUACGAACAGGGAUGCCGACACAGUGGUCUACAGCUCUAAUAAACUCGACGAUACCAUCCGAUACCUCUCCCUUACGGACAACAAGUACAUCCGCUAUUUCCCAGGCCACACUGCAAGGGUAGUUGCUCUCUCCGUAUCACCAGUGGAUGAUAAAUUCAUCUCUGGCUCCUUGGAUAACACCAUCAGGCUUUGGGAUCUGCGCUCUCCCAACUGUCAAGGCUUGACUAAUCCUUUAGGGAAACCUGUAUGCUGUUUCGAUCCAGAGGGGCUGAUGUUUGCUGCCGGGGUGAACUCAGAGAUGAUUAACUUGUAUGACAUUCGCUCUUUUGAUAAGGGUCCCUUUUCUUCCUUUGAGACCCAGUUCAGUCGUGUUUGUGAGUGGACUGGGUUGAAGUUCAGUAAGGAUGGUAAACAGAUCCUUAUAUCCACCAACGGGGGCGCCAUCCGUGUCCUCGAUGCCUUCGACGGAUCCGUGCUGCACACUUUCUCUGGCUACAACAACACUAAGGGGAUCUCCCUCGAGGCUUGCUUCACCCCAGACUCUAAGUUUGUCAUGAUUGGUUCAGAAGACGGCAGGAUCCACAUGUGGAGCACAGAGAGUGGGAUGAAGAUAGCCGUCCUUGAUGGGAAACACUCAGGGCCCAUCAACACACUGCAGUUUAACCCCAAAUACAUGACCUUCGCAAGUGCCUGCACCAACAUGGCAUUUUGGCUUCCAUGUGUGAACGACUGAUCAAGGCCACAGCCAAACUUCUUGGAAGAACGAUGCUGCCAUUGUGGGCUGAGAUGAUAUGCUUGAUGCUUGUUUUUUACCAGUAUGGACAGUUCACUAUGGACACCAAUGUAUGUAAGUUAAACCUCAAGAGUCAUUUUAUAACUGAAGUGGUUUAUAUGACAUUUUAACUUGUCAAGAGACUAAGGUAUUAUAAACGAACAAACUUACAGUAUUCAAAGCUACAAUUAUUUGAAUGCAACUCUGAAACACAAUGUUAAGCCUACAAUUUUUUUAAAUUCAGAAUACAGUAUAACAACUUUUGUUACAAAAGUAAAAUAAAAUUAUUUUAAUCCUCCAAAGAAAUGUAUUGUU